AUGGAGAACUUGCCCGCCACGAUAGGUAAUCCGACUUCCACAGAGGACGUCAGCACCAUUGUGAUGGCAACGGAUACCCCGACAUGGAUAAUAGCAACACCAGCCGCAGCACCGACGACGCCCGGGGAUUCACCUUCGGCAGCGGACGCUCCAUCAAGCACUGUAAUGGGCCAGACCACAAGCAUGUCUACCGGCCCCGACGGAGCGUCAGGAGCUGUUGCUGUACCGGAACAGGCUACCUCUCGGCCUAGUCUCACUACGCCUCAAAUUGCAGGAAUUGCCAUCGGCGGUGCUGCUCUCGCUGUUGUCGUUUUUGGUUUGCUGCUUCUUCUGUUCUGGAUACGCAAGCGGCGUCGACAGCGACGGCGCAGCCAAAGACGCUCACGGCUAGUUGAACCGUCAUCCCCUACCAACCAUCAGACCCCUGACAAAAAGCCCCCAGUCACUUUUGAAAACGUUGGAACUUCGCUUACAGUGCCCGAUACUCAGAGUCGCACUCAGGGUCGCUUCUAUGCUCCACAGCAGCCAACGGAAGAAAAGAGGAGAAGCUUUUGGCGGAAGAGCAUCAGACCAGAAGAAAUAGGUAUAGCAGUCUCACCAAAAAUGCCCGGCGAACACUCCCCUGUAAGCGCAUCCUCUCAGCAGAGCUUCUCUCGGCUAUUACCUACUGCGCCUGCUGCAGUUCUGUGGCCCGCACCGCUAGAUGUCGAAGCUACAAGGGAACGAAGGAGAUACACCCAACGACCCGUCAGUGACGUCACCGAGUUUGACGAUGAGCCGGAAACGAGAAGACAAGAACCUGAACGAAUUUUAGUCAACAAUCAGCCAUUCAUAUUGGAGAAACCACCUUUGGCGAAACGGCCCAGGGGGCCACCCCCGAAUCUGAGAUUGCCUGCGUUGCCGGAAAGCCCCCCUAAAGCUGCUGGACAGACAGCUAGAAUCCCAUUGACCCCAACUUACGACAACGGCAAUGUUGAUUUAUCCUCGCCACGCCGCAACUUUCAAUCGCCCACCUCUCAACCACCCCUUCCAGUAGCAGAGCACAAGCUCCCCCCGUCAUCAAUGUACGCAAAUAGGAGUGUGUUGCGAAAGAAGCCUCCAGCCAGACUCCCUCUUCGAGUGAUCAAUACUCCGCUUGGAGAGCCUCUCAUGCAGCCACGGAAUCCUCCCUUGCCACCACAACUAGCGCCACACCCUCCGGCAGGUAGAAGACUAAUGACUGUAGGCCGUGAUCUAGAAAGGCAAAGUUCCGUCAGCUCCAUUUACACUGAAAUUGAAGAAGAUACGACACCUCCUGAAGAAGCAAACAAGCAACUUGGACUGAGAGCGAAUCCACCGACACCUUCCGUCAUCCCUCCUGACAUUCGUGGCGUCUCGCCCGCGCAAGAAAGCCCUAUUAAGGAUUUGAGGUAUCCUCAAAUUCCUCGUUCGGCCGCCAUAUCCAGGCAAGCAGAAAGACCCGCCCAACUUCGAGCAAGCCUCAAUCCAGCCCCUGCUUCAGCCUUUGUACCAGUGGCAGCUCCACCUCUUCGACCGACCAGGGAUCAGCUUGUCCACGCCGAACUAAGCUUUAUGCAAACAGAUACCACCUCCUCCGAUGGAUAUCUGUCCGAUGAGAUUAUUGAAUUUCCAAUCCCUCCUUCAUCGAAGACCCACAGACCGAGCAUAACAAAGCUCAGAAGCAAUCCGUCAAGCGGCAACAGGGGAUCCCCUAUGCAAGACUCUGGGCAAUCUUUGAAUGGAACCUUGAUUACCAAUACCAGCAAUGUGAAUGUCGUCGUUCCGCAACCGUCACCAUCUUCCAAGGCUCGACUGACGCCAAGCAAGUCAAGCAGCGGUGAUUUGUAUCUGACCGUUGAAAUCUGA